AUGGGGAAACCAAGCUUAACCUCCUACAACUUGAGCUUCUCCACACAUACGAUACGUUCACAUGGACGGCACUACCAUGGUCGCCAGUGCUCGGAGACUUGGAGAGUUUCGGUGCGAGUCUUGUUCUCAAACGUAUAUCUGAUGAAGGCCCUUCUUGCCAUCUCGGCUCUACAACUCGCGGAACUGCGCGCUGAACGGAGGGGUCUGUACAUUUCCACCGCUCUCGGGUAUUAUCGUGUUGCCUCAGAGACUGCGAGAGAGAUGCUGCAUGAUGUCUCCGAAACCGAUUGUGUUCUGUUGUUUCAUUUCUCUGCAUUGAUUGAGUCAAUGGCUGACGAUGACGCGGGUUUCUAUGACUUGAUUGGCAUUUUACAAGGAAUGGAGGGCCUCCUUGACGACUUGUCGCAGAACACCUCAAAGAGUACAUUAGCACCCCUCAUCAGCUAUGGCGCAGAAAGACGGGCUUUCCAACAGCAUCAUGAUCAACCCGAGCUCGAUUCCCAGCAGAGUAAAGAACCUCUCGAUGACUUCCAUGCUCUCCUCGGUAAUCUGAACUUGGAGAGCGAUAUAUUGGCUAUGUACAUCGAGGUAAUAAAGAGGCUGCGUGACGCGAGCAAGGGCGUGCACGUCUGGGAAGGUGCGGAUGCUUUAGUCUGGAUAUACAGGUCCUUGGAAGAUUUUACACCGUUGUUGGAGGUGAGGGAACAGGAAGCCUUAGUUCUUCUAGCCCACUUCGCCGUUGUCUUGAAUAGUUGCGGAACUCAAUGGUCGCUGCAUGGCUGGGCAUAUCAUAUCAUGUCGAGCAUCUAUCAAAACCUUGAUGAGGAUCACAUGACAUGGGUUUAUGAGCCGGCAAAUGAAUAG